AUGUCGAAGAAUAUGAUAAAUUUAGAGGAGUUCAAAGCGAUUUUGGACGAAAAAUUGGCUCCACUAAAAUCGGAGAUUUCAGAAGUGAAGGCAAAGUCUGAAGAAAUGAGAGCGUUUCUUGAUAUGGCAAAUGAAAAGUAUGAUGAAAUUAUCACAAAAUUAGCUCAGCGUGAUGCUGAAAUGAAAGACAUUAAAACAGAAAAUAAAAUUUUGAAAGCAACUAUAAAAACUAUGGAUGAUCAAGUAAGACAGCUGACGGAUUCAGUUAAUGACCUUGAGCAAUAUUCAAGACGCGAAUGUCUUGAAAUACAAGGCAUUCCAUUAAAGAAUUUUGAUGAUACUAAUUCUAUUGUGGUGAAUGUCGGCGAGCUAAUGGGUAUAAAUAUUAAGGAGGAAGAUAUAUCGGUCAGCCAUCGCCUACCAAUAAGAUCAAACUAUAGAGGCAAGCAAGCAGACCCGACCAUUAUUGUAAAAUUUGUUCGCCGUCACACCAAGGAAAUAUUUUAUAGAGCACGAAAAGAAUUGAAAAAUAAGACAUCGAAAGACCUGGGCUAUGUAAAAACGAACUUUAUCUACAUCAAUGAAAGUUUAACUGAGAAAAAUAAAUCCCUAUUUGGAGGGGCAAGGAGAGCGAAGAAGGAGUUGGGUUAUUCUUUUAUAUGGACAGCAAAUGGACGAAUCUUUCUAAGAAAGGACAAGGAUAGUCCUGCAAUACUCAUAAAAAGCAAAGAUGAUAUUAGUAAUCUGUUACGAAAUUCAAGAUAA